AUGCAAGCUUUACUAUCAGUAAUAGCGUGGGAAUUGUGGAAGAGAAGGAACAGAUACAAGUAUGGAGAUGUUGUCACUGUAAGCAGGGUCAUCUAUCAGAUUUCCUCUACUAUACAAUCUCUCAUCAAAUUCAGGAAGCCAGGUAUUCAGAACAUCCCUCAUAAGUGGCCAUAUUUACUAAACAUGAUGGAGAAAUAUACACCUGCAUUGAAGUAUACCAAGGUACUGUGGGAAUAUCCAAGCCAAGGUUGGAUAAAAGUCAAUACAGAUGGGGCAUCUAGGGGUAAUCCAGGUAGAAGUUCUAUUGGUUAUGUAUUGAGAAAUGAAGAGGGAGAUGUAGUAUAUGCAUGUGGUAAGGAGAUUAAGGAAGGAACAAAUACAAAUGCUGAAGUAAAGGCAAUGCUCAGAGCUUUGAGAUUCUGUGUGGAGCAUGGUUAUGUGCACAUUAAUCUGCACACUGAUUCAAUGUUGCUUACCAAGGUAAUAGCUGGAGAGUGGAGUGUUCCAUGA